GGGAUGAGAGAGCGCAGAGUAGAGCAGCGCCCACUCGAGAGAAGUGGGGACUGAGGGUUGCGCGGUUCUAGCCAGCCUGCCAGCGUCCACGCUGUUCCCGCACCCUUACCCCUGCCGGCCCUCGCGACCCGCGGCCAUGCAGCCUCGGGGUUGAGGCAGUCCCAUGGCAAAGCUGACGGUCCCGGCGACGACAGUGCAUGGAGAACUUCCGUAAGGUGCGCUCCGAAGAGGCGCCGGCGGGGGGUGGGGCAGAGGGGGACGGCCCGGGUUCAGGCCCCUUUGCCGAUCUGGCACCCGGCGCGGUGCACAUGCGGGUCAAGGAAGGCAGCAAGAUCCGCAACCUGCUGGCCUUCGCCACCGCCAGCAUGGCGCAGCCAGCCACGCGCGCCAUCGUCUUCAGCGGCUGCGGCCGGGCCACCACCAAGACCGUCACGUGCGCCGAGAUCCUCAAGCGCCGCCUGGCGGGCUUGCACCAGGUCACGCGGCUGCGCUACCGGAGCGUGCGGGAGGUGUGGCAGAGCCUCCCGCCUGGGCCCACGCCGGCUCAGACGCCUGGCGAGCCUGCGGCCAGUCUCAGUGUACUUAAGAACGUGCCCAGCCUCGCCAUCCUACUUUCUAAGGACGCGCUGGAUCCGCGGCAACCCGGCUACCAGCCCCCGAGUCCCCAUCCUGAUCCUUCCUCCCCACCAACAGCUCCGACGUCCAAGAGGAGCCUAGGGGAGUCGACAGCUGAAGAAGGUACCGCGAAGCGGUCGCAGCUUGAGCCAGGGGCUGCGGACCAGGACGGGGCUGCAGACGAGGACCGGACUGCCUGAGAACUUUGUACUCUGGGCUAUACAGGCUGGAUCUUAUCCCCAGCACCUGUACAUUCAAACUCACCCCAAACCUUUCAUGCCUGGAUCCUCAAGAGCCCACGUCUUGGAUAUACCUCCUCCGGAACAGCAACAUGGACCCCAAGGCGAUGAGAGGGGACCUAAGAAUGGAAGGAGAGGAUCCCAACGAGCCCCGGGAAGCUUCAUGGAAUGGUUGCUUUGCCGACUAUGUUAUCUGAAGACGUAGAACUCCACAUCUAUUUUUUUUUCCCCCCCUGGGCUAUACUGGGACCUUCUUCAGGGAGGGAAUGGUGGGCAGUAGGACCCAAGUCUUGUUUGGGACCCAUAGGGGUUAAAGGCGCCCAGCAUUCAUGAAGGGAGCCGAGGAGAGGUCUUGGAAUCACCUCCACCGUUGAUAGAGGAGGUCAGGAAUGAGAAACUGGUUGCUUGAGGGUAGAAUAGUCCGAGAUGUGGGGGUCCAAUCCUGCCCCCUACCCUGGAACCUGUUCCAUUUUAGUUUUCCUUCCACUUUUAAUAUCUUCCCUUCCCCCAUGCUGAACCAGGGGGAGGCACCCGGGACCGAACUUUCCAUGACUCCUCCCCUGAGUCCCACAGCUGAAGUCGCUUCCAAUAAAACAAACACAAAAAUG